GUUUUAUGAGUUUUCAUUAACACAGCAGUUGUAAUAAGGUCAUUAAAUUAUAAAAUCAACUUUCUGAAUGGAAGCUGAAGACUACGACAGCCAUGUUGUUAGCAGAAGCUGGAUGUGUGUUUAUGGGUUUUAUCCUGUACAUCUCAGGGGUUCAGGGACAGACAAACAGGAUCUGUGCCUUAACAGGUUCAUCAGUUGAUCUGCCCUGCUCAGCUGAACAUCCCACUUCAAGCAUGAAAUGGUACACUGCACACUGGAAUGGAUCUACACUUGUUCAGAAUGAACUCUCUGUAGAUGGAAACCGUGUAAUGUACAAGCCUGAAGAAAAUCAUCCAACUCUAACAAUCAAUGAUCUGAGAGAGAGUGAUGCAAACUUUUACUGCUGCAGAGAGAAUACUGACCAACCACAACCCUGCUGGUACAGUGUAAUUCAGCUCAGUGUUUCAGACCUGCAGGUAAAGGUGAUUCCUGCCACAGAGGGACAGACAUUAACACUGAUGUGUAGCACCAGCUGUCCUCUGACUGAAACCCCUGCAGCCUACAUCUGGUACAAGAACAGAGAGUUCCUCUAUCAGGACUGGUCUCCCUGGUACCAACAGCUGGUCAGCAGUGAGGAAGCAGUCAGAUACUCCUGUGCUAUCAAAGGCUACGAGGAUCUCAGAGCCCCUGAAGUCUCAGUGGAUUCUGUCACAUCAACCUGCUUUACUGUGACCUACGCUAAAGGGAGAAUGUGUUCUCAUAAGCAGACAUCAGAGGAUGAACCGUGCUCCAUCACAUAUCCCAGAGAAGUACAAGUUCAAAAGACUCCUGAAUGGACCUAUGUCAAACUGACCUGUCGCACCAGCUGUCCUCUGACUGUCUCCCAAACUGCCUAUAGGUGGUACAGAGAUGGAUACUUAUACAGAUACAUUGAGAGUCAAAAGUUGUCAGUUUACCGUUCCUCUGCUGAAAGCUUCUCCUGUGCUGUAAAAGGCCUCGAGGAUCUGCCUUCUGCUGAAGUCUGUACCAAAGAUCAGAACUGCUGGACUGUGAAUUACAUCAGCAGGAGAAUCUGUGCUCUACAAGGCUCUUCAGUGAACAUUUCAAGUGAAUAUUCUUAUCCCUACCACCAGCUGCCACAGUCUAAAUCUUGGUUUAAAAUAACAAGAAGUGGGAAGGAAGAAGUUAAAGAGCUGAUUGAGGCUGCAGGUCAUGUGGAGUAUUAUGACAACAUGAAGAAUCACCACAUCCUGAGAAUCAAUAACCUGAAGAAGAAUGACUCAGCAGAAUACACAUUCAGACUCCAACGACAAAAUGGAGAAUGGAAACAGUCUGAUUCUCCUGGAGUGACUUUGGUUGUCACAGGUCUGGAAGUGAAGUUUACUCCUUCUGCAGUGGUGACAGAGGGUCAGAGAGUCACACUGACCUGCAGUACCAGCUGUCCUCUGACUGACAACACAAACUACAUCUGGUACCUGAACAGUCGACCUCUGACCCUGCCAGAGAACCAGAACAAACACCUGGUUCUAGACCCAGUCAGCAGUCAGCAUGCAGGAAACUACUCCUGUGCUGUCAAAACCCACAACAACAUCAGCUCUCGUGAAAAGACUCUCACUGUCCACAGUAAAACAGGAAACUACUCCUGUGCUGUCAAAACCCACAACAACAUCAGCUCUCGUGAAAAGACUCUCACUGUCCACAGUAAAACAGGAAAAUGGACACCAGCAGCAGCUGCAGGAGUCGGAGCUGUUCUCCUGGUUAUAAUACCUCUCACUGUCUUCUGCUGGAUUAGAAGAAAAAGGACAUCCAGCCAGUCUCCAAGAAUAGAAACCUCAGACAACCUGGAGCAGCUAAACCCUGGCCGUGUGUAUGAUGAAAUCUCAGCUCAACCAACAGAGCAGGAUGAUCUUCACUACAGCGAAGUCUGCUUCCAUCAGAACCACGCAGAUCCUCUCUACAGCACAGUCCAGCCACAUCAGCCUCAAGAGGAAGUCCCCUAUGCUGUUGUCAACAUAAGACCCAACACGACACCUGAGUGAACAUCUCUUGCUAUUACAUCUCAUUCAGACUCUAUUUGAAGGAUGUACUGUAAGAAUGAUGUAGCCCAUUACAGGUUGGGCUAUAUCAGAAAUAAUUAAGUGAUGUCUGAUUAGGUUUUUUUUUUUAUUUUAUUUUUUUUUUUAUGGGCUAAUCUAAAAUUGUUUAAAUCGACUGGAUCAGGAGAUUUGGACUAUGGCAGUGCUGUACAUUAAGAUGCUGCGGCCGGUUGGAGAACUCCUUUUCUGUUAUUGUUUGAAAUCAGCUUUCGGCUUUACUGCUGAAACACGUAUCACCUAAGGCAGGAAUAGCCUGCAGUCAUUGUAAAAGGAAACAUGGGGUUCGGAUUAAAGAGCAGCAGACUUUGAGAUGAUCCACCCAGCCAGAUCAAUGGGACCAGCUCCACCACAGCGGGUGCUGUCACUCCAGUAAGAGAGGGAAGAGAGUUGGAUAGUAGCCAUGCUGGCCCAGCUUGGACUUAAGGCUGCUGAUCGUGUUCCAAGUCGACGUAGCACAAGAUGAGUAGAGGCGGACUCUGUGUUUGCAUCAAUGAUACUCUGUGCUCAAACGCAGUCAAAGUGGACUUUUUUUCACCAUCUUGUUGCUGCUGUUUACUUUGCCCCAGAUGUAAAUUCAAAUGAGGCACGCAGAAUUAUUUCCUGGGUGUAUAUGUGUAUAUAUAGGUAUAUAAAUAAUUGUAUUUUAUUUUAUGUUAUUAUAUGAAAUUGAUUAUCUUUUGUGUAGCAUGAAGGACCUGCAAACGUUUAUUAUACAACCUUGAUGUUGUCCCAGUUUACUUGAUUGAUUGAUUGAUUGAUUGAUUGAUGAUACUUUAGUAUAUUUUGAUAAAACAUUUCCAUGUUGGGAUGGUGAUGAUUGACAAAAUUCAAGGGUACUUAUACACAUUUUCACUGAGCACAUCCCCGAUCUGAUUCAACUUGAAGGGCUGAGGAACUGGGUUACAGAUGGCAUACUUACUUAAAAGGUUAUCAUCCAACCUGUUUUUUAAAUAUUUUGUGACAUUGGAUGCCUAGAAUCUGUAUAGCAAAUAAACGUAAAGCGACUGAAUGUAACAACACACCUGUUGAAUAUUUUUCUGCUCAUCAUCUCU